AUGAGUACUACUAGUACGAGUCCUGGUGAAAGUUUAUACAAAGUUAAGACGAAAGGUAUUGAUGCAUUCAACAGCGACUCUGAUGAUGAUCUAGCAACUAGAGUAUUACUUGCAAGGUCAAAAUCUGUUGAUCAACUUAGGUCAAACUCUGUUGAUCAAUUUAGGUCAAUAUCUGGGUCAAAAUCUGUGUAUCCAAAUAGGAGACGUGAUAAGAAAGUUAGGUCAGUUUCUACUAGAGAAAAGAAAGAAGAUGAACCCCAAAAGGUUGUAUCAGAGUCUAAACCGGAACCAGAAGAAGAGACGAAUGGUAUUGAUGCAAUCAACAGCGACUCUGAUGAUGAUCAUGAUCUAGGUGUUGAUCAAUUUAGGUCAAAAUCUGUGUAUCCAUAUAGGAGACGUGAUGAGAAAGUUAGGUCAGUUUCUCCAAGAGAAAAGAAAGAAGAUGAACCCCAAAAGGUUGUAUCAGAGUCUAAACCGGAACCAGACGAAGAGACCAAUGCUAUUGAUGCAAUCAACAGCGACUCUGAUGAUGAUCAUGAUCUAGCUGUUGAUCAAUUUAGGUCAAAUUCUGUGUAUCCAUAUAGUAGCCGUGCUGAGAAAGUUAGGUCAGUUUCUACUAGAGAAAAGAAAGAAGAUGAACCCCAAAAGGUUGUGUCAGAGUCUAAACCGGAACCAGAAGAGGAAAAAGUUGGUGACAUCGUUCGUUUUGGACGGAACAGCUACUUUGUAGUUGACAUCUUUGAGAAGGAGAUCAUGGAGUUGGGAGAUAAAGUGGAUUUAAACUUCAAGAGAUUCAACAAGUUUGAAGCUGUUGAUGGAUUUUCUCCACGUGAUCACCACUUCAACAACUACAGGUGUUGCUACUCCUCUUGUUGUUGUGUCUGUGCAUGCAGUAACGUUGAGAGAGAGUGGGAAAAGCUGCAGAGAGAGUUAGAGAAGAGAGAUGGUUCUAAUGGAGUCAGCUUCUUUGUUAAAACGUACAAUGAAAGAAAAGAGCUGAUGAGAGUUGCUGUAACGGAUCAGAGUCACAGCGUCUUCUUCUUUGACGUUAAGUUUCCUAUAGAGUAUCCAUUCCAAGCACCGAGUCUCUUUUACCAUCCUUAUGGCCUCCCUUUGAGCAACUUUGAAACACAAUUGAAACCCAAACUCAGUUACAACAUAUUAGAUGUGUUUCUCCACAUUGAAGAAGUUGUGAUGAUGAACACCAACAAGUCAUGUCAUCAGAUGCUGGAUAUGUUGAAGAGGCCUCUCAUGGGGUUUGAGGAUUUUGUGAAAGGUCAUUUUAGGAAGAAGGGUGCUUUUAUUCUGAGGAACAUGAUGGAAGAGAUGGAUUUGGGAGAGGAGAGGGAUAAGAACAUGUUCUUCAAGACCUAUGUUGCUUUUGAAGACAAUAAAACUUACUGUGAGCAUCUUCUCAACAGUGAGCUUAAAAAAGAGCUGGAGAUAUUCAAGGAGAAAGAGCGUUCACUAAGUGAUUACUACUACUCUUCUUCAUCUUCUUACUUCCAACCCAUCACUAGCAGGUUUGAUGACAUUCAAAAGACAUCAAGAUACAAAAACUUGUUGAGCAAGAUCUUUCUCUUUUAG